AUUCCGACAGUUCAUAGGCAAGAGGCAAUAGCCUCUCAGAGUAAAUCAACAUUUUUUUCAAUAUCAGCCAGCUCGCUAACAUCAAAAUGGGUUGGAGAGGGUGAAAAGAUGGUUAGAGCUUUAUUUGCCGUAGCAAGAGUUCAUCAACCUUCAGUAAUUUUUAUAGAUGAAAUUGAUUCUUUAUUGACUCAGCGAUCUGAAACUGAACAUGAAAGUUCUCGAAGAAUAAAAACAGAAUUUCUAGUUCAACUAGAUGGUGCUACAACAGGAGAUGAAGAUAGAAUUCUUGUUAUUGGUGCUACUAAUCGGCCUCAAGAACUUGAUGAGGCUGCGAGAAGACGAUUUGUUAAAAGGCUAUAUGUUCCUCUGCCUGAAUUCGAAGCUAGAAGACAGAUUGUGGAGAACUUAUUAGCUAAUGAAAGACAUGAACUUACUAAUGAAGAUAUUGAUAAAAUUGCUGCCAUGUCUGAAAAUUAUUCUGGUGCAGAUAUGACGAAUUUAUGUAAGGAAGCUAGUAUGGGCCCAAUUAGGAGUAUUUCUUUUGAGCAGUUAGAAAAUAUUCGUAAGGAAGAUGUUAGAUGUGUUACGGCUGAGGAUUUUGAAAAUGCUCUAUGUCUAGUUCGACCAAGUGUUUCUCAAGAAGACCUUGGAGUUUAUGUUCAAUGGGAUGCUACCUACGGCAGUGGUACUGCUGAGAAUAAAUCAAAAUAAUAUGUAUAUUAAUUAAUA